AUGGCGUCGGAUGGUACAUUUAGCGACGAACUUAUUCAACAUUUCAUCACCACCACUACCAUCGUUUUCUUCUUCUUCCUUCUGCUCUUCAUACUUAAGAAACUAAUGCUACUCCCCAACCCAACUCGUCCCAAUCUCUGCCGUCUUCCGCCGAGCCCGCCGGCGCUGCCGAUCAUCGGCCACAUUCAUUUCCUCCUAAAAACCCCAUCACUCCACCUCCACAAAUGCUUCCACGCUCUCAGCUCCGAAUACGGCCCACUAAUCCACCUCAAGUUCGGCUCCUACCCUUUCGUCCUCGUCUCGUCGGCGACCCUCGCCGCCGAGAUAUUCAAAACUCACGACCUCAAUUUCUCUUCCCGCCCUGACUCCCCACUGGAAGGCCGCCUCUUGUUCGGCGACUCCGGGUUCGUCACGGCGCCUUACGGCGAUUACUGGCGGUUCAUGAAGAAGCUCUGCGUCACCGAAUUGCUCUCCCCUCGCCAGCUAGACCGAUCGAGGUUCCUGAGAAGGGAAGAACUGGUCCGGUUCUUGACGAAGCUGACGGAAAAGGGGUUGAAAAGGGAAGCAGUGGGCGUGGGAGGGGAGUUGAUGACGCUGACUAACAACACGACCUGCAGGAUGGCGAUGAGCGCCAGGUGUUCGACGGAAAGCGGCAACGAAGCAGAGAGGUGCAGAGCUUUGAUCAAGGAGUCUCUGGAGCUGACCGCCAAAAUGGCUCUCGCUAAUCUGCUUGGACCUUUGAAGAAGUUGGGACAUCUGGCGCUCAGAAAGCAGGCUAGGGAUGUUCCUGCGCGGUACGAUGAGUUGCUGGAGGGGAUUUUGAAAGAGCACGAGGAAAGAAGAGCUGCUGACCACGAUUAUGGUAAUGGCGGCAGAGAAGCUUGUGAUCUGAUGGAUGUUCUCCUGGAAGUGUCCAAGAAUGCAAAUGCGGAGAUGAAAAUCACCAGGGGACAAAUCAAAGCAUUCUUCUUGGAUUUAUUCAUUGCAGGCACCAGCACGACUGCAGACGCAAUGGAGUGGACGAUGGCAGAGCUUAUCAACCAUCCCGACGCAUUCAGGAGAAUUCGAGAAGAGAUCAACCAGCAAGUUGGAAGCAGGCUAGUGGAAGAGGGAGACAUUCCAGGUCUUCAUUAUUUGGAAGCCGUUGUCAAAGAAACGUUGAGGCUACAUCCUCCAGCAAUCCUAGCACCAAGGGCGAGCCACGAGGCGUGCAGGAUUGGAGGGUUCGACAUACCGAAAGGUGUAGCUGUGGCUAUCAACAUAUUCUCCAUAAUGAGAGAUCCAGAGAUGUGGAUCAAUCCCGACGAGUUCCGUCCCGAGAGGUUCGUUGAACAGGACGGUUGUCUGAGGGGAGGAGGGAUUAAUGGGUUUGUUCCAUUUGGUGGGGGGAGGAGAAAGUGCCCCGGGUCGAACAUGGCGUUUGCUUUGAUAUGCCCUACAAUUGCAGCUAUGGUUCAGUGCUUUGAUUGGGAGCUUGCAGAUGGGGAAGAAAUGUGCAAUGGAGUAGGUGGCGAGCCACCAGCAACACUCGCAGAGUUCACUCUCGACGACCUCAAUUUCUACGACGUCAGCGUCGUUGAUGGAUUCAACAUCCCGGUAUCAAUAUAUCCGUCUGGUGGGACGGGAGACUGCAAGAAAGUGGAGUGCUUUUCGGACUUGAACAUGAGUUGUCCGCAGGAAUUGCAGGUGGUGGAUGAUGGAGGACGGGUUGUAGCUUGUAAAAGUGCUUGCACUGCGUACCAUACUCCCGAGUACUGUUGCACUGGGGAGUAUGGAAACCCUCAGAGUUGCAAGCCGACCAGCUUCUCGAAGAUUUUCAAAGCUGCUUGCCCUAGUUAUUAUAGCUAUGCUUAUGAUGAUGCUACCAGCACUUUCACUUGUAGAGGUGCUACUGGUUAUUUGAUCAGAUUUUGUUGA